AUGGAGGUGCCUUGGAUUCUAUUACUUUGGAUUACAGUGGUCUCGGGACAAAGUUACCUGGAGAACGGGCAUCGUCCUCUGUGGAUCCUGGAGGAUGGACUGGCCAAAAGGCACAGACUAGACCGCCCAGAAGCGGAUUAUGACACCACCACCAGGAUGUCUCCACGGCUGACCCGUCGGCAGGGCAGAGGAGGAGGUCAAAAAGCUGAGCCUGGACCGAUUACCUUUCUGGUUAGGCAUGAAGAUCGGGAUGCCCUGCCUGCAUCGCCUCCCAGAUUACCCUCUACGCCUCAGCGACGCUUUAUGAUGCCACAUCGCCUGCAGCUGCCUCACCAGUACGUUCAGCCCGUACAGAAAACCAGGAGUCAUCGUCGCGAAGGACGUCGAACGCUGCCCGUGUUCGAUAACGCUCCCGGAGAGAACUCCCUGCAGUUGGGCAGGGAUAAUUAUCCCAUUUUCGUGUAUAAUGGAACUAGGGGGGAACUGAUACUGAACACCAUGCUGAGCAGGAGGCGAUAUCCCAUGCAGGAACCAGUGCCAGGCCAAGUUCUCUAUCCCCCAUCGACGCCCAUGUUCCGGCCCAAGCCCAUAGUGGAGCGGUUCCGUUUGCCAGGACAACGGGAGCUGAUGAACCUGACUUUGAUACCCUUCUACGCACAUGAGGCUAUCAGUGAUCCGGGACGGACUAGCGCCACCACCACCACCACAACCACUAGCACAACCACUCCACCACCAACUCCUCCGGCUUAUGAGACACAGUUGCCCAAGAUCGAGGAAAUGGCCAAGCUGGGCAAGCGGAAAAGGAAGAAAGCCAAGCAAUACGAGGCUUUCCACUCCCCCCAGGAGGUGAUGCAAUGGCAGACUGUCCUGCGCCGAUCAACUCCUCACAACGACAAUCACCGGCAUUAUUCCAGUGAAGAAAUACAGCCAGAUAAGCUCCAGGAGCUGAGUGAUCUUGACGAUGGCCUGGAGGAGGAUGUUGAUGAAAGAGACUGGCUGACAGUACAGGAACCCGAAACGGAGGUGGAACUACCACUCGAGCCAACGGAAAUCACCACCACCACCAGCACCAGCGAACCCUUCCAGAUCGUCUACUUUGACGAAAGUCUGGAGCGACCUGUGGUGGAAGCCCUGACCACCACCACUACGCCCCAACCUCUGCGUCAGAGCUCUCGCUAUGCCCUUAAGAGGGAAUACUACGCCUUUCCAGUUUAUACGCUGGGCAAACUGCUCCAGCCCCAAGCCCAUACUUCAUCCAAGAAUCUGCUAGAGAAGAGCGAUCGCUCGGCAAGGAUCUCAUCGGAGAGGGAGCCCAGCACCUGGUUUAUCCUGAAUUCCCGUUACAAGGGACCCCAUCACCGCUCUCUGGGAUCGGAUAACCAGACCAAGUACUACACCUCCAAGUACAUAGAGAACGGCUUCAAGCCGCGGAGGUAA